UACGUGGCGCUGAGUUAUGUUUGGGGCCAAGCCUCAAGCGCAACCGCAAUGCUGGCCAAUAUUGCUGCUCUUCAAGCCCCCGGAGCCCUGGACGGCCAAGAGAUUCCAGCCACGAUCCAAGAGGCCAUGGAUCUAACUCGGCUUCUUGGUGAGAGGUAUCUCUGGGUGGAUAGGCUUUAUAUCGUACAAGAUGACGAAGAUGCGAAGCAUGCUCAGCUGCGGGGUAUGGCGGACAUUUACGCCGGUGCUCUAUUGACUAUCGUUGCCGCGCAGGGGCGCGGUGCAGAU